AUGGCAACGGCCGAGCCCAGCUCGCUUCCUUCCAACGCCUGUGCUGAGCCACCAAGAAAGCCUUGCCCGGAAUCUGUUCUCGUCGCAGUCGGUGGAGACGAGUCUAUUGCUGACCACUACUCCAAAAACCCGAAGCACGGCCGAUCGAAACUCCCCAGCGGUGAUACUACUGACGAUAUUCAACAAUGCAACAGCCAAUCCGAAGAAGUCAUGGAAGCCUGCUCCGAAAACAACAGUGCUGGAGAUGCGAACUCUCAGGACGAGGAAGCCGAAGAAGUAACCGAGGAGCUAGGCGAAGAGGACCACGAACAAGAAUUUGAUGACGAUAUCACAUUUGAAGCUCCGAUGGAUCAUGUCAACAGAGCUAUCCAGGCGGCCACCGAAGCUGGGACGAAGAAUGAACCGUGCUUCGACUUGUCGACAGGUUUACCUCGGCAUAUCAGCGCAAGAUUUGAAGAUUCGGACUACUACGUCAUUCCUUGGAUAGCGUGUUACUCAUGGGAGGUGGUCUUAGUUUUACUAAAGAUGUAUUACUGCAACGACCACAAUGCACUGAACGACAUAAACUGGAACAACAUCACUAUUCGAAAGGUAGACCAUGGCUUAAUCUCCUCUGAAACGUGGGAUUCAGUUAUCCAACACGGAAUGCGCGUCUCAUUCUCGGUACACUCCUCUCGCGUCCCACAGCAGCCUCCACUGGAUUACCGAGAUCAGUUGCGGUAUACUGUCACCUACUUGGAAGUCAGUCCAAAAGACAGGGAUGGAUGUUUCGUCGACGAGCGCACAUAUGACGCUCCAAUGGAGGUAGAGACUAUCCACGGUGAUACAGCGAUGCCCGCACUGGAAGAAUUGAGGACCAUCCAGACCCCACGUUACCGGGCAAAUGAGAAGGACGCCGAUGCGCAAGCGAGAGCUAAGCUGGGGCCUCUCGAUCAAGUGAAAGAGAUUAGCCUGAAGAUCAAUUCGUCAUAUCUACUGAACAUACUCAAGUCGGUGAUCGAAUACGCGUCAGAAUCUCCUCAUGGAGAGGAGUUCGGUGUAGGUAUGGGCGAGUUCAACUACCCAUAUAAGGAUCUUUACCAUCACAUGGACGAUCUGGUAAGAUACCGGGCUGGUGAGAGCUACUUACGUGCUCAGCACCCCGCAGCUUUCAACGAGAGGGCAGACUGUCACAUUGACUUAAUUCUUGACUAUCUGAGCUUGCAACGAGAUAUACCCUUCGAGAAAUAUGCCUCUGCCCGCCGCGAAAAGGUGUCAGUCACUACUUUCGCAUCAUGCUGGUUACUCCUAAAACCGGGCACUGAUGUGUAUGUGCGUGAAGAAGAUGGACUUAUGAACGCGUAUAUCGUGCAUGCAGUCAGCGGAGGCGUCACCCAGGUCGAUGGAAAAGCGAUCAAUCGCGACUACGAAGUAUCCGUAUGGAACCUGGCGUGUGAUGGAACACACGCAUUUCCCGAGGUUCGACAUGUGCGUGUUCCAGUUUUCGACAACGAGAGGGAGGUGAAAAGUCUGCCCGUAUUUCCCGUUGAGUACAACGACAACUUCGACGACGGUAAACUCAAGCAGGAGUUGACAGAACGAGGCAAGAGGUAUCUCAAAUACACGAGCCAACCAAGCUUCUUGCAGUACUCUGGCCGGGGCUUAACAAAGGGUGUAGAGGUAGCUACAUCAUAA